AGCUACAACCCCCAGCUGCAGCUAUCAGCCAAAGCCUCUCACCGGCCGGUGGCGGCUUCUCCCUACAUUUAUAGCACCAAGUCGCUUUUGCAGGAUGGUAACAAGUUCUGGUUCACCUCACAAGAGAUGAAUGAAACGAGCGCAGUGGGGACCGGACCGAGACCGGCGGAGGUUGUGUUAACUUUGGGCUACCGAGCCCGGUUCGCUGGGCAGGUCGUAGGAUGGAGCCAAGGCUGAACGGGGAUGUAAAGCCUUCCCUGUCCUGGUUUCUCCUCGGUGUUGCCCUCCUCUCACUCCUAGCCCGAUCUGGGAGCUGUCACGGUGCCUGCAAACACAGAGUCCCCGCUCCGGACCAGGUUAUUCAUCAAGUGUACUUGAAGCCUGAUCGAUUAACCAAAAGAAGCUCUGACGACCUGCAGCUAAAGAUAAAGAUCAUCUAUGACAGCAGUGUUGAUCAGCUUCCUGCAGACAAGCGGAGACUAGUGAAGGACAAGCUGUUUCCUCAGGCCAUCGACUACCUGCAGAGGGCUUUCAGUGUUCGGCGCAGGGUGGGACCUGUACUGCUCAGCAGACAAUGUGCAACCAAUCAGUACAUGAGGAAGAGAGGUGACCCUCACCGUUACUGCCAGGAGGCCUGUGCGGAGGUCACCAGGUGUGGCCCCAUCAUCGUCCCGCAACACCACCUGCAGCAAUGCAAGAUAUGCAGUGAAUCUGGAAAGUCAUGUGGCCCCACUGGACCCUCGGAUGGCCCCGGGGUGGAGGGCUCUGACUUUGUGCUUUACGUCAGCGGCGUGACCACGGAGCGAUGUGGACAGGAGAACAUCGUGGCAUAUGCUGCCUACUGCCAGCUCGAGGCAGAGCUGGACAGACCCAUAGCAGGAUAUGCCAACCUGUGUCCUGCUAUGAUCUCCUCCCAGCCUCAGGAGUUUGAAGGGAUGCUUUCCACAGUCAAACACGAGAUCAUUCACGCUCUGUCUGUGUCUUCUGUCCUGCAGGGGUUUUCAGCUGGUCUGUUUGCCUUCUACCACGACGAUGAGGGUAAACCUCUGACUCCUCGCUUCGCCAGUGGCCUGCCUGCCUUCAAUGAGAGUCUGGGUCUGUACCAGUGGAGCGAGGCGGUGAUCAGGAGAGUCAGCAGACUGUGGGACAUCAGAGGAGGAGAGAUGGUUCGUCACCACGUUCACGUCCUGGUCACUCCUCGGGUUGUGGAGGAGGCAAGGAGACACUUUAACUGUCCCAUCCUGGAGGGGAUGGAGCUGGAGAACCAGGGAGGCACAGGAACUGAACUCAAUCACUGGGAGAAGAGACUGCUGGAGAACGAGGCGAUGACGGGCUCUCACACCCAGAACAGGGUGUUCUCUCGACUCACACUGGCCAUCAUGGAGGACAGCGGCUGGUACUGGGCCAACUACAGCCUGGCUCAGAGGCUGGACUGGGGCCGGGGCCUCGGCUGUGACUUUGUCAUGAAAAGCUGCAAGUUCUGGAUGGACAAGCAGAGACAGAGGCGACAUCCUGUGACUCCGUACUGCAACACGGUGCGAGCCUCUCCCCUGCAGCUGACCUGCAGACAGGACCAGCUGGCUGUGGCUGUCUGCAACCUGCAGAAAUACCCCCAGGAGCUCCCUCUGGAGUACCAGUACUUUGAUCAGAUUCCGGAUGUUGAAGCUGAUCAGCUGUCAUUCUUCGGAGGUGCCAUUGAGAUCGCUGAUUACUGCCCCUUCAGCCAGGAGUUCAGCUGGCACCUGAGCGGAGAAUACCAGAGAAACUCGUACUGCAGAGUGUCAGAGAACCAGCCAGACUGGUGGAGGAACUAUGGAGCAGAGCAGUAUGGAUCAGACUCUGUGUGUCUGUACCAGAAGUCAGCCUUCGUGAUGGAGCAGUGCACCCGCAAGAUGACGUACCCGGACUGGGGUUCUGGUUGCUACAAGGUGUCGUGCUCAGCUCAGGGCUUGACGGUGUACGUUCAGGAUCGCUCCUUCCACUGCACCCGCAAGGGUCAGCUGCUGACCAUCAGUGUUCGAGUCAGCGACUGGGUUUACAAUGGAGUCCUGAUCUGUCCCGCCUGCACUGACUUCUGUGACAACUGCCCCCUGCCCCACCAGCUGCUGCCCAUUAACACCACACGGAGCGGCCCUAUUGAUCCCUGCUCCAGUUCUCCAGGUCUGGCCAUCACUCUGUGGCUCCUUCUGCUCAACCUGCUUCCUCUGGUGGCUGGACUUUUACUGUGCCACUACAGCUGAUAACACACACACACACACACACACACACACACACACACACACACACACACACACACAC